UGCUUUUAUCUUUCUAUCCAAUCCGUCUUGCGGUGCGUUUUCUGCUUCACUCUGUCUCUUACAACAGCUAAGGAGAAGAAAAACAGACCGAGCGAACAUGGCGAUUGGAAUCAAAGCACCGCACUUGGCGAUUGUACCUCACGCGCUAGCAGUUGCUGGUGCUGUUAUGGUAUUGGUUUGGUGCAUAUACUUCCUAGGUGGAUUAGCUUGGGAAUCUUCGAACAAAAGUCUCAUCUUUAAUAUCCAUCCUGUAUUGAUGUUGAUUGGCUUCAUUAUCAUAGGAGGUGAAGCCAUUAUGAGCUAUAAAUCACUGCCUCUGAGGAAGGAAGUAAAGAAAGUAAUACAUCUUGUGCUUCAUGCCAUUGCUCUAAUUCUUGGCAUUAUUGGUAUCUAUACAGCAUUCAAGUAUCAUAAUGAGAGUUCAAUAGCCAAUCUCUACAGCUUGCAUUCAUGGAUUGGGAUUGGAGUCAUUGUCCUUUAUGGCAUUCAGUGGAUAUAUGGCUUUCUUGUAUUCUUCUACCCUGGAGGAUCAACUGAAUUAAGAAGGGAAUCCCUUCCUUGGCACGUACUUUUUGGACUACUUGUAUACAUCUUGGCUAUUGGCAAUGCCUCCAUAGGGUUCCUGGAGAAGCUUACAUUCCUUGAGAACUCAGGCCUUGAAAAAUACGGUGCUGAGGCCUACCUUGUAAACUUCACGGCUCUUGUCACAAUACUGUAUGGAGCCUUCGUAAUAUUUACAGUUUUUUCCGAGGCUCCUACAGAAGAUGACCACGGCUAUUCGGCUAUAUAAUUAGACGUUAUGUCUGUAUCUAUGUAUUGAUCAAUGGAUAUAUCUACUGUCUGUAUUGCUAGACAUAAAUUUGUAAUCAAUAAUAGUGGCAAUUUAUUGGACAAAUGUACGAGAUUUUACUUUAUUCUUUUCUUGUAGAUUCGAACUCCGAUCUUCUCGUGAUUGAGAUAUAAUUUAAUUGGUGAUCACAUUUUUACACAAGGAUACAA